ACGGCCAUUAACCGGUCGCACGUAACGACAAAAAAACAAAACAACACAUGACAACAACAGAGAUAAAAAUCUCACCUUUAGCACGCAGAGACGCAGAAGAGAGAGGAGAGAGAGUGGUGGUUUGCCCUCGCAAUCUUCGCCAAUCGAUCGAGGGUCUCCACUGUUCCGAACGGUGCAGAAAAGUUUCUUUAAGUUUUACAUCCUAAGGAGCCAAAUGAGCUUGACAGGGACUUCGAUGGGUUCUGGCGGGCAAACAGCUAGAAAGGCAGUUAACUUUGGAAGGACGUAUGUGGUCAGGCCCAAAGGUAAACACCAAGCAACUGUUGUUUGGCUGCAUGGCCUUGGUGAUAAUGGUUCAAGCUGGUCGCAGCUGUUGGAGACCCUGCCUCUUCCAAAUAUAAAAUGGAUAUGCCCAACUUCCCCUACACGACCAGUCAGCAUUUUUGGGGGCUUCCCUUCUACUGCUUGGUUUGACGUUGGAGACCUUUCCGAGAAUGCUGCUGAUGAUUUAGAGGGUUUGGAUGCUUCAGCUGCACAUGUCGCAAAUUUGUUGUCAACAGAACCAGCUGAUAUCAAACUUGGCGUUGGAGGCUUCAGCAUGGGAGCAGCAACUGCUCUAUACUGUGCAUCAUGCUGUGCUUUGGGAAAAUAUGGGAAUGGCAAUCCUUACCCAGCCAAAAUAAGUACAGUCGUUGGGCUCAGUGGCUGGCUUCCAUGUUCAAAGACUUUGAAAAACAAGUUAGAAGGGGAAAAUGAAGCUGUGACACGUGCUGCUUCAUUGCCCGUACUUCUCUGCCAUGGCACAAGUGAUGAUGUGGUGCCUUACAAAUUUGGUGAGAAAUCCUCAGGGACCUUGAAAGCUGCUGGGUUCCAAAAUGUGAUAUUCAAAUCCUACAGUGGGCUCGGGCACUUCACAAUUCCUGAAGAGAUGGAUCAGGUGUGCGCAUGGCUAUCUUCGAAUUUGGGGCUUGAUGGCUCAUCAUCAUAAGGCAUCGAGACAAGUUUCGAGAAAUGACAACCAAGGAAGAGCUGGUGUUGAAAGAGAUUGGUUAAUGAUGGGGAUAAAUUGAAUUGGGUAACCCAUAGUUUGUGCUGGUGGUUGCAAUGGUAUACGUACGUUGGCUAUGAGUUUCGUUCUCCUGCUGUCUUUCUCUUAUUGUUUGGCACAUAUGGAACCUCAUGGACUCAUGGUGGGGGUUCAUGGCGUCUCAUGUAAACAAUUAGUUUGGGGGUGGCCAUACUGGGAUUCUGGAUAUUUUAAUUUCAUGUUUGCUUAAGUGCACAUUAGACAUGGUCUUUUAAGCUGAUCGGUUCCUAGUUUUCA